CAUGCAAGCUAAACUUACUCCAUAUAGUCUGACUUCCUGGGCUCAGGGAGAGAGUGUUUGCGAUAGUGCUAAUCUGUGUGGGAGCCCCAUACAUGAGCGCUUUGUUUGAAACUGUGAGCUUUUUUUAAAACCUCCUCACCAGUGAGAGGGGACUAUAGGGACUUCCCUUUUUUUAACUCUCCAUUUCUCCUUCACUACAUCGGUGGACAGGAUGAUAGCAGCACAGCUUCUGGCCUACUUCUUCACUGAGUUGAAGGAUGACAAAGUCAAAAAGAUCGAUAAGUACCUGUAUGCCAUGCGUUUCUCCGACGAGACGCUGGUGGACAUCAUGAAGCGCUUCAGGAUGGAGCUGGGAAAUGGGCUGGGCCAGGACACCAACCCCACAGCAACCGUCAAGAUGCUGCCCACCUUCGUCAGGUCCAUUCCUGACGGAUCAGAGAAGGGGGACUUCAUUGCUCUGGAUCUGGGAGGCUCGGCCUUCCGCAUCCUGCGAGUGAAGGUGUCCCAUGAGAAGAAGCAGACGGUUCAGAUGGAGAGCCAGGUCUAUGACACUCCUGAGGACAUCAUCCAUGGCAGCGGCACUCAGUUGUUUGACCAUGUUGCAGAGUGCCUGGGUGACUUCAUGGAGAAGCAGAAUAUAAAGGACAAGAAGCUUCCAGUCGGCUUCACCUUCUCAUUCCCCUGUGCACAAACCAAACUGAAUGAGAGUUAUUUGCUCACUUGGACUAAACGCUUUAAAGCCAGUGGAGUUGAGGGGAUGGACGUUGUGGCACUUCUGAACAAGGCCAUCAAAAAGCGUGGGGACUAUGACGCAGACAUCAUGGCAGUGGUCAACGACACGGUUGGAACCAUGAUGACCUGUGGCUUUGAUGACCAGCGGUGUGAAGUCGGGGUCAUCAUAGGCACAGGUACUAAUGCUUGUUACAUGGAGGAGCUGAGGCACAUUGACCUGGUGGAGGGAGACGAGGGCAGGAUGUGCAUCAACACAGAGUGGGGAGCCUUCGGGGACAAUGGGAUGCUGGAGGACAUUCGCACAGAGUUUGACAGAGAGAUUGACCGGGGAUCUCUGAACCCAGGGAAACAGCUGUUUGAGAAGAUGGUCAGUGGGAUGUACAUGGGCGAACUUGUGCGACUCAUCCUGGUCAAGAUGGCCAAAGAAGAAUUUUUGUUCGAGGGUCGAAUAACCCCUGAACUUCUUACCAAAGGGACAUUUGAUACCAAACAUGUUUCUGCCAUUGAAAAGAGUAAAGAAGGCCUCACCAAAGCCAAGGAGAUCCUGGGUCGCCUGGGUGUGGAACCAUCUGCAGAUGACUGCAUCGCUGUGCAGCACGUAUGCACCAUAGUCUCCCACAGAUCAGCCAACCUCAUCGCUGCCACUCUGGGCGGCAUCCUCUCCAGGCUAAAGGACAACAAAGGGAAUCCUCGUCUUCGCACUACUGUGGGCAUCGACGGCUCUCUCUACAAGAUGCACCCGCAAUAUGCCCGGCGUCUCCACAAAACCGUCCGCCGCCUAGUUCCCGAGUCAGACGUCCGCUUCCUGCUCUCAGAGAGUGGGAGCUCCAAGGGCGCUGCCAUGGUGACCGCCGUGGCCUACCGGCUGGCUGACCAGCGUCGUCAGAUCACAGAGACCAUGGCUGAGUUCAGACUGACCAAUGACCAGCUGCUGGAGGUAAAGAAGAGGAUGAGGACGGAGAUCCAGAACGGCCUGGGGAAAAAGACCCAUGACAGCGCCACCGUCAAGAUGUGGCCCACAUAUGUACGAAGCACACCGGAUGGAUCAGAAAAUGGGGAUUUCUUGGCUUUGGAUUUAGGAGGGACAAACUUUAGAGUGCUGUUGGUGAAGAUCCGUAGUGGCAAGCGGCGGACAGUAGAAAUGCAUAACAAAAUAUAUGCCAUUCCUAUGGAGGUGAUGCAGGGGACUGGCGAGGAGCUGUUCGACCACAUUGUCCAGUGCAUAUCUGACUUCCUGGACUACAUGGGCAUGAAGAAUACUCGCCUGCCUCUGGGCUUCACCUUCUCGUUCCCGUGCAGACAGACCAGCCUGGAUGCGGGCAUCCUGGUCACCUGGACUAAAGGCUUCAAGGCGACUGACUGUGAAGGGGAGGAUGUUGUGGGGCUUCUCAGAGAGGGGAUUAAAAGGAGAGAGGAGUUUGACUUGGACGUGGUGGCAGUAGUGAAUGACACAGUGGGGACCAUGAUGACAUGUGCAUAUGAAGAAGCCACCUGUGAGGUCGGCCUGAUUGCAGGAACUGGCAGCAAUGCCUGUUACAUGGAGGAGAUGAGGAACAUUGAGACGGUUGAGGGAGAUGUGGGGAGGAUGUGUGUCAACAUGGAGUGGGGCGCCUUCGGGGACAACGGCUGUCUGGAUGAUAUCAGGACAGAAUAUGACAGAGCUGUGGAUGACUUCUCACUCAACCCUGGCAAGCAGAGGUAUGAGAAGAUGUGCAGCGGCAUGUAUCUAGGGGAGAUUGUGCGAAACAUCCUGAUCGAUUUGACGAAGCGUGGCUUUCUCUUCAGAGGGCAAAUAUCAGAGACACUAAAGACCAGAGGCAUUUUCGAAACUAAGUUCCUCUCCCAGAUUGAAAGUGACCGCUUGGCGCUACUGCAGGUGAGGUCCAUUCUGCUGCAUCUGGGUCUGGACAGUACAUGUGAUGACAGUAUCAUCGUCAAGGAGGUGUGUGGUACAGUGUCUCACCGGGCAGCCCAGCUCUGUGGAGCCGGAAUGGCUGCCGUCGUUGACAAAAUCAGAGAGAACCGUGGGCUGGACCAAAUGGACAUCACCGUGGGGGUAGACGGAACGCUCUACAAGCUUCAUCCACACUUCUCUGGGGUCAUGCACCAGACAGUGAAAGAUUUGGCCCCUAAGUGCAACGUCAACUUCCUUCUCUCCGAGGACGGGAGCGGCAAGGGAGCAGCCCUCAUCACCGCCGUGGGCUGUCGCAUGCGUGAGCAAGAGCAGCAGAAGAGCUGAGUCUGUUUGGCCUCCUCCUCUCCUCGUCCUCUUCUCCUUAUAGCAGCAUACCUCUCUAACGAUGACGCUGCUACAGUAUCCGCCGCUCUGCUCCAGACACAACCCCGUUGUUCCCCUGUGGUGGGUAGAUCUCAGGGGCACCGAUGACGGAACAUUACGUGCUUCCAAACCAUUUCACUCCUACACCUGCUAUUACCAGCCUUUUGCGCUUUCUGUUGAUCUGUAUGAAAAUAACUGGGCUCUUUGUUUGAUUUGAAUCUUCUUUGUGAUGUUAGAACACCGGUGUAGGUAUUUGGGGCUUUGUAUAGCAGAGAAGAAAGGGAAUCUUUAUGCUUUGAAUGUCUUAUACCUUGCCCAGGUAUAUAAAUGUUAUUUAUUUUAUUGGGUGGAUGUUUUGACAUAAUGAGUGUUAGGGGGAUAAUCAUUGUAAGGUUAGAGAUCUCUAUUGCAAAAAUUGAGUUUUAUUUUUAACAUGGCAUUGGCAAAUACAUGGUAAGUAUUUCCCAAAUGUCAACUUUUUUUUUGCUUGAUAGAAUAUCUAGGGUUGUCAUGAAUGCACCAUUUGUUCCUCGACAUUUGAGCAUAUUUUCAUUGCUCAAGGGCAGGCUGCUCACAAGCUUGUUCAAAAGUCAAUACAGCCACCCUGUAGGAUGCUUCCUUAAUGCAUUGCUUUGGCAGUCUUUUUAAAACCUCUCAGGUUUAGUCAUUUUAAAUGUAUAAAAAUGUUUUUAAGUAAAUGUAGAAAUCAUGCUUUUUGCCUGACCACUCCUGCUGAAAACCAUAGCUCUAAAGCAACUGUAUCAAUAAAAGUGUAUUUUGUGAACAAGAUGACUUGAAUUCCAACAGUGCACAAUGUAAAAAAAAAUUAUGCUUAUAACAGAAUAAAGGGAACAAGAUAGGAGUAUACGUUUGCAUACUGCAGUUGAAUGUUUGAGUCUUACUGUACGAAAAUAAUAGCUCUGAGAACAUGAUAAAUGCAUGCCUUAUUUGGUGUCAGAUGUCUAGAAUACAUUUAUUUUGUACAAUUAUAGAGAUGCACUAAAGCUGGUCCAAAUGAUGCAAUGGGAUUAAAUGAAACUUUAUUUUGAUGUGCUACCGAACAUGAAGCUUUUACUUAUCUUUGAAGAUCUAUGGUAAUUAUCAUGGCACUACUUUUUUCAAUAAAGGUCAACUUCCAUUCUGA